UCGCGUCCUGUGUCUGGCGCCGAACCAUGUGGCCGUCUGAGGGGAUUGUCACCGGGCCAAGUUGGGGUGUGCCGGGCACGGGGGGAGGUCAUGGAGUCCGUGCGAAAGGCUGCAGAGAUGGUCAUUGAGGAGUGCCAACAUCAGUUCCGAAACCGGCGUUGGAACUGUUCCACCACUCCUCGUGGGAUCAAUGUGUUUGGACGAGUCAUGAACCAAGGCACCCGUGAGGCAGCUUUUGUCCAUGCUCUUUCAUCGGCAGCAGUUGCCGUGGCUGUGACUCGGGGCUGUAGCAGGGGAGAACUGGAGAGGUGCGGCUGUGACCGAAAGGUCAGGGGGGUCAGUCCUGAAGGUUUCCAGUGGUCAGGUUGCUCUGAUAAUCUGUCCUACGGCGUUGCAUUCUCUCAGACCUUUGUGGACGAGCCAGAGAGAGCUAAAGGCAUGUCGUCAGGGCGACCGCUAAUGAACAUUCACAAUAACGAAGCAGGACGGAAGGCGAUCCUCCAUAACAUGCAGGUGGAGUGUAAGUGUCAUGGUGUUUCGGGGUCCUGUGAGCUCAGAACUUGCUGGAAGGUCAUGCCUCCGUUCCGCCGGGUUGGUGCUGUGCUGAAAGAACGCUUCGAUGGGGCCACGGAGGUACGGCUGACACGUGUGGGCUCUCGCACAGCUCUCCUUCCACGGGACCCCCAAGUGAAGCCACCAGCCACACGGGAUCUUGUCUACUUGGCUUCUUCACCAGAUUUCUGCCGCUUAGACCCAGACAAUGGCAUACCUGGUACUGCAGGACGACGUUGUAAUGGAACCUCACGGUUGGCACCAGAUGGAUGUGAACUGUUGUGUUGUGGCCCAGGUUUCCGAGCAGGCCGGGCUGAGGUGGUGCAGCGCUGCUCCUGUAAGUUCUCCUGGUGCUGCUCAGUUCGCUGCCAGCAGUGUAAGAACACGGUGCUUAUACACACCUGCCGAGAAUGAGAAAUACCUGGAAGAAGCUCACAACUACACCAGAAGCACCUCAUCUCAUGCCAGCCUACAUUAAUGCCCACAUGAAGAAGAACAAAAGAGCUCCAUCCAAAACAUCCUGCAUCAUUGUCCUGAAUUUGGU